AUGAAUCUGUCCGUCAAUCGUAUCAAUUCCAAUCCCCCCGAGGAACAUGAUGAAGUCAGCGAUUUGGCUUCAAAAGUCGGGAUGCUGGGUUUGAAUGCAGCUAGAGCGGAGCCCCAUUAUUUGGGCUCAUCAUCCGCUUUUGCGUUCUCGCGAGUAAUCAGCUCGUCGCUUCUCCGAGGACUGCCUACGAAACUCAACGGGACCUUUGGUCUGAAUUAG